AACUUUAAGAUAUUAAGUAUUGUGUUACGUCUCCAAUCAGAUCCUUCCAGAUCUAUCUUUACACAAGCAUUAACCUAGAUUCUGUCUGUUUGCUUUGUCCCGUGAAGCAAAGUGUCAGGUGUUAAUUCAUUCGAGACCUCCCUUUUCUGAAGAACACAACGUGUAUCUUUACAUCUCUAAAACAUGUGUCGACCUCUAACUUCUGAUGUGUCUAUCAUUAAUAAUAACUCUUUGUGAUUUUGAGAUUUACAAUGGAACCUAAAAUAACCUCUUUAGUCUUACUAACAAUGUCACUCUCUGUUCCCGUGAGACUCUAUUCUUACCAGAGGAUAACAAUCAUGAGGAUGGGGAAUUUGUCAUCGUCAACAUCCGGAGCUCUGUCAGGCACAUCAUGUACUCAGUUUGUUCAGGAUGUGGUGUCUCAUAACUGUGUUGUCAUAUUCUCUAAAACAUCUUGCCCAUACUGCAAGAUGGCCAAAAAUGUGUUCAAUGAAAUAGGUGCGACAUACAAAGUGAUUGAAUUGGAUCAGCACACUGAUGGUAGACAGCUCCAGGAGGCUUUGGCUCAAAUGACAGGUGCAAAGACGGUUCCCCGAGUCUUUAUCAAUGGCCAGUGCAUCGGCGGAGGCUCAGACACUAAGGAGCUGCACCAGCAGGGAAAGCUGCGGCCAUUAAUAGAACAGUGCACCCCGUGCUGUUCCUCAGAGGGCUCUGGCUCUGGCUCCAGCAGCGGGUAGCCUCUCUCCAAUCAUAAUAAAAUCAUUCACUAACUUCUUCAUUCACUUGACAUGUUGCCCCAGCCAGAGCAAUUAUUUAUUAGAUGUGGAUACUCUUUCUUUUUGAUGUAGUGUAUAUUUGUGUUCAUUUUAACUGUAAUGCAUGACAUUAGCCUACCUCAUAAAUCAGGGAUGUAAAGCUAUAUUUUAAUAAAUGCUUGUCCAACAACAUGGCUUGUGCAUCACCUUUUCAUCUAAGUUGUACUUGUUUUCUGGUUAUGUGGACAGAGGUCAUGUUAGUGGCAAACAACUGACUUUGUAAUAGUAUUUCGAUUGCUAUUGUUAUUUUACAUGAUGUACAAUAAAUAUGGUGGUAAGACAUGUAA